AUGAUACAACUUACAGUCCAUUGUAUUGUGCCAUUUGCCAUUGGACCCCUGGCCGUUCUAUGGUUAAAGUUUAACCAUAAGAACGGCCAGGGGUUAAAACAUUUUUUGAAAAUGAUUGAGAACGGUCUUCCACUUUUGGGCUUAAAAGUUGAUUUAUUCAAGGAAAAAACAUUGCUGUCGGGGCACUCAUUACACCUGAUAAAUUCAGUUAUAUCCAAGUCUGUCCAUAUUUUAAACUGCUUCGUCGAGACCUGUGAAAUAAAAAUUGAUAAAUUAAACUCUCGAAUUCAAAAUUUGGAAAUUUUACUGAUGAUUAUGGAGAUGAAGAUAUCUUCAGUUCCAAAUAUUUGUGAUAUCACUAAUUUUGCUCCACCUGUAGAAGCAGACACCAAACAAACAGAAGUCGAUCCCAAUUUAAAAUGCAACGAGGCAUCGUUAGCAGCAAAUAAUGAGCACGAGAAUAAAGGGAUCCCUUUAGAUGCAGUGAAACAGAAAAUGUCGAUGGAUGGCGUUGAUCCGAACGUACUCAAAACAUGUUGUGGUGCGGUAAAAUUUAGGCAAAGUCUUUGGAACACCAAACCUGGAAAACGAUUGUGUAAGUUUGAAUAG